CAUUUCUUUAUCAAAAAAAAAUAAAAAUAAAAAUAAAAUAAAAUAAAACUAUUCUGAUACCGCUAAUAGUAAAAUAUAUACUUUCUUGAUCGACUGGAUUCUUGAAAAAAAUAAGGACUUGUAUCUAAACUGUUAUAAAGAUGGCUGGCGUUGGAAAAGAAAGCAGACGACGCAAACAACCUGAUAUAUCUACUGCUAAAUCCGAUACAGGCAACCCUAUUCAACCCGGUUUCUCGUCUUCCCGACCACAACUUGGAAAACGCAAAAAUACAAAGAAAGCUGAUAUAGGCUCCUUGGAUCGACCUCGACCAAAAGUCUUCAAGUCACAACAAAAGACUCCUGAUACCUCAAAACCCCCUUCUACGUCAACAAGAUCCAAAGGGAAAGCCAAGGCUGAUAAUCAUUCAACUUCCAAAACUCAAUCUUCAGCCUCCUCCAGGGUGUCAUCUGAUAGUAUGGAUAUGGACAAAACUAAAGUUACAUCUGAUAGAUUCACUGAUAAGGCCUUGAUGGAAGUAGAACAUGACAUCCAUAGUCAAGACAAUGAAAUGGACUCUUUUGCUGAAAAUGAAGACAUGUUGGUUAUGGAUGAAUCAGGCAUGAUGAACUAUGGUAAUAGUAGUGACGAUGACCACGACCAAAACGAAGGUGACUGGCAUACCUAUUUUGAAGAUGAUAAUGAAGAUAUGGACGACUUUUUUGAUGGUAAAAAUGACGAUAACGACGAUAAUGACGACGAAUUCUUCAAAAGUGGACAAACAAGUCAUAUAUCCAAAAAUGAUAGCGACUCUGAUGACGAUAAUCAUAACGAUAAUUCCAUCAAUAGUGACAGUAGAAAUGACGAUAUGGAUGCCGAUGAUCAUUCUCAGGAUGACAUGGAUGAUUUGGAUGAUGCCGAUGUUGGUAGAUUAUCACGUCUCCGCCGUAAUUUGGGAUUACAUAUGCAUGAUCUAUUUGGUGGUGUCAUGUCUGGAAUGUCUGGCCAAUUUCGCAACAUUUUGGAAAAUCUAUCAAACAGUGACGAUCAAACUCAACAACUUAUCGCUCUUCAAGAACUAGCGGAAACUCUCUCAAUCAGCAGUGAAGAAAAUUUGACCGGCUUUUUCCAAUGUGAUGCCUUUGUGAAGGAACUUGUCAAGAUUAUGAAAGGUUCUAAUGCAGAUCCUACUCUUGGUGCUACAGAAGAUGAUAUGAUGCUCGCUAUUGCUUUGAGUGAGCAAUAUGGUGGAGGAAAUCCUGAAUUGAUGUUACUUGCUUGUCGAUGUCUAUCAAACUUGUUAGAUGUUCUACCAUCGGCUGCAUCAAGUGUAGUAUCCCAUGGUGCUAUUGAAGUAUUAUGCGACAAAUUGAAAUCCAUUCAAUAUAUUGAUCUUGCUGAACAAGCUCUUGGGGCUUUGGAAAAGGUUGCAAGUCAGGUACCUCAGGCUGUGAUUCAGAAUGGUGGUCUAAGCGCUUCUCUCAUGUACUUUGACUUUUUCAGUAUACACUCUCAACGUACAGCGUUACAAACAGCUUCUCAUUGUAUGCGAAAUAUUGGUGUGGAUUCAUCUUCUCAAGUUCUGGAAAUUAUACCGAUCCUUACAAAUACUUUAACCUACUCAGAUCGUACAGUGAUCGAACUUACUUGUUUAUGUUGGGCAAGAUUGGCCGAAAGUUACCGAUCAAAUCCUACUGCUUUUGAAAAGGUGAUCUCUAUGGAUGUAUUAAAGACAAUGAUCGGUCUUCUCCCUGUUUCUGGAAACUCAAAUGCUGUUCGAUCUGGUACCUUCAAUGAUAUCUUACGUGUCUUUCGAUGUGUUUCCAAGGCAUCCCCAGAACUUGGAUAUCAACUUUUGAAUCUUGAUAUUGUUGGAUACUUUUAUCAAAUUCUUACUGGUGCUCAUAAUCUCCCUCCAUCAAAUGAAGUCCUGCAUACUGGUACUCCUGCUUCUCUAGCUAUGAUAUCUUUGGACAACAAAUGGCGUGACUCUCUAUAUACGGUAUUGAAGAUCAUCAUUGAUUUACUUCCUCCUUUGCCAAAAAAUGAAAUUUUUAGUUGGAAACGUUUUCAAGGAACAGAACCUGUAGCUUUACGAACCAGAUCUGCAAAGUCAAUUCAACCAGAAUCAUUGUCACAACCAUCAUCACCAACUUCGACUUCUUCAUCAUCACCACCAUCACCUUCAUCUUCGUUAGCUUCACAAUCAGGACAAUCUAUUGAAAAUGCAUCUCCAGAUCCUCGAAUUCAACUCUUCAAAGAAAAUUCAGAACUUUUACAGCGAAUUGGCUUUAUUUUAUUCCCUUUACUAUUGGAAAUUUAUUCUUCAACUGUGAAUUUACGUGUUAGACAAUUGGUGACUCAUAUCUUGGUCAAAUUGGUCUUCUUUAUGGACAGUGAUGCUUUGAAAAUUGUCCUCAAGCAUGUGAAUUUAUCUGGGUUCCUGGUGGGUUUAUUAGCUCAACAAGAACAAACUACUUUUGUGAUAGAUGCUCUUUUUCAAGCAGAAUUCUUACUGGAGAAACUACCGGAUGUCUACUAUAUAUUAUUCCAGCGUGAAGGUGUUUACUAUGAAAUCAAUACAUUGGCGAACAAAAGCUUGGUAGAAGAAGGUGUUUCUGCGAAAAUGCAUCAAUCUUUAGAAGGUACUAUUCUGGCUCCGUCAAUUGAUGAUUUAUCUAUGAUAUCCGAAACAAAUAGUGAAUCAGGACAGUCUUCAACUCAAUCAACAUCACAAUCCAUGGAGGAGAGGUUGUUCACUGAUAGCCCUAUUCUUGCUUCAAAUCAACGACGAUCUGCACGUUCGGAUACAAGUCAACAAAUGUCCAACUUACUGGAACGUAGCUUUAUGAUGAGGAGACUUCAAAAAAAUCGGUCUCGUUUAGAAACGCAUCCUUCAACAAUGUCAUCGAUCAGAGAAGGUGAAGCUGGAAUUGGACAUGGUGCACUUCGGAGGUUUGUCAUUCAACUGGCUCAGCAUUUUAUCAAGAUUUACUCAACUGCUCAACAAACUGAUAGGGCUGAUCCUCUUAUCAACAGCUUACAUAAAUUACAACAAUUUGGACAAGGACUUGUUGGAACAACGGAUGAUCCAGCAGCACGCAACAUUUUGGAAAACUUUGUAUCCUAUAUUGAUGGAUCUACUAUUGGCAUCAGUGGAUUUGAAUUACUCCGAUCUGGUAUGCUAGAGGCUUUAUUGGGAUAUCUUACUCAAUCUAACGACGGUGAUAAACGACAAAUUCAAUAUAUGGCAUCUGUGAAUCAACGAAGGCAAACAUUUUACUCUGUGUUCAUGGAGACACUCAAAUUAAAUGAAGAAGAAGAAAACGGUAUGAUGGCUUCUCCUUCUCUGCGACUUCUUGUGAAACGUCUAGAAGAUCUUUUCACACAAUUUGAAAGAUUUGAAGUAGUAUCGCCUUUGGGUUCCUCUUUAUCAUCAAGUGAUAGUAUCCGAAAUCCUGUACAUUUAUUAGCCAAGCAAAUCCGAAUUAGGCUGACUGGACAAGGACCUGGAAUCCCAGCAGAAUAUCAGCAUUUGAUGGUGGCCACCCAUGCAGUUGCAACCUUCCGUGUUUUGGAAGAAUAUUUACUGGCUCAUAUUCAUGAUCCAAAUGAUAUUCUGAUGACUGACAAAACGAUCUGUGCAGACGAAGAAGAAGACUUUGAUGAUGACGAAAAGACAUCUCCUCCAGAACAAAUGAAUUUAGAUGAUGACGAACAAAAUUCAAAGUUUUAUAUGGAAGGUACUAUGAUAUCCAGUGACUCGACAGUAUAUGGCGCCAUUCACAGAAAUGAAAUAAGAAAACAAAAUCAAUCAGAUCCUCAGACGACAAAUCAUCCUAUUUGGUCAACAGCAUACCCAGUUACUUACAAACGCGUUUUUGUUACAGACGAUACUGAUAUUACCAAGAAAGCGGAAAAUUCAUCAUUACAACAAACCGACAAUUCACAGCUUCCCAAGCAAUUGCCCGAUAUGGAUGCAAUUUGUUUGAACAUAUUACGAUUACUGAAAGAACUGGCGACAUUGAGUGGAGCAUGGGAAGCCAUCAAUCAAUCACCUUCGGCCAUAAUAACAACAACAGAAACUCCUUCUCUGGUACCAAUGACUGAAUUCGUGAAUAGAAAAUUGGCAGCCAAGAUGCAACGACAAUUAGAAGAACCUUUGAUUGUGGCAAGUUCAUGUCUUCCGGAAUGGGUAUACUACUUUAUGGGAAACUAUCCGUUUUUAUUUCCAUUCGAUGUACGACACUUAUUUAUACAGAGCACGUCUUUUGGUUAUUCCCGGCUGAUUGCAAGAUGGCAAAGUAUGCAAAUGCGAAAUAACACUCAAAAUGGACAGAGACAUGAUGGUCAAGGAGGGUAUACGAAUGAUAGUGGGUCUGGACGAAGUAUUGAAGGUGGAUCAUCACAACAACAGCAACAACAGCCAACAUUAGGACGUAUGGAACGAAAGAAAGUGAUGGUGAAACGAAAUCAAAUUUUGGAAUAUACCAUCAAGAUAAUGCGACUUUUUGGUAACUCUCAACCUGUAUUGGAGAUUGAAUACGUGGAUGAAGAAGGUACUGGUCUCGGUCCAACUUUGGAAUUUUAUUCACUGGCUUCCAAGGAAUUUAGUAAGCAAUCUACAAAUAUGUGGAGACAAGAUGACGAUAUUAGUGACAUUGAUGAUGCCAAGAUGACUCUUUCCGGUGUGAAUACAUCUUCUGAAGAAGAAGUAAACAAAGAUAUAUAUGUAGUGGCGAAGCGAGGACUUUUCCCAGCUCCAUUAUCAAGAUACAAGGAUACCAGAUCUAGGAAAAAGAUCAUUCAAUUAUUCAAGACACUCGGUCAAUUUGUUGCUAAAGCGAUGCUGGACUUUCGGAUUAUUGAUAUUCCCUUUAGCGUGGCUUUCUUCAAAUUACUUCUUCAUGAUGAUGUGACUCCGUUAGAAAUAUUGAAGGAAAUUGAUCCCACCCUUGCAAGAUCUGUGUCUCACUUACAAGCCUAUGUAGAUAAGAAACAUUUGAUGGAACAAGACAUAAGUUUAAAGUCUGAUCAAAUUCAAGCUAUCGAAAACAUUACAAUCAAUGGUGCCAAAAUUCAAGAUUUAUGCUUAGACUUUACUUUACCAGGGUAUCCAAAUAUCGAACUGAAGCGUGGUGGGUCUCAAAUACCUGUGACAAUGGAUAAUGUAGAAGAAUAUAUAUAUCUUUUGACAGACAUGAUAGCUGGAUCUGGAAUCAAAGAACAAAUAUCGGCAUUCCGUGAUGGAUUCAGUGGACUAUUCCCUAUUGAAGAUCUCAAAGUACUUACUUGUGAAGAAUUGGUAUCUCUCUUUGGUGCUGCAAAUGAAGAUUGGUCAUACGCAACUUUAUUGGAUACUAUCAAGGCAGAUCAUGGAUAUACAAUGGAAAGCAACACGGUCAAGCAUCUUCUGGAGGUGCUUUCUGAAAUGACUAAUGAAGAAAAACGUGAAUUUUUACAAUUUACCACAGGAUCCCCACGAUUGCCAAUUGGAGGAUGGAAAGCAAUGCGACCUAUGUUUACUGUUGUCCGGAAGAAUUGCGAAGCACCAUUAGUUGCGGAUGAUUAUUUACCAUCGGUGAUGACAUGUGCCAAUUAUCUCAAGAUGCCAGAUUAUUCCACCAAGGCUAUUCUGCGAAAACAAUUAUUCAAGUCUAUGCAAGAAGGGAAAAAUAGCUUUUUACUUUCGUGAUCGAUGGAUUUCAUACUCUCCUUCCCCUUUAUAUAUUCAUAUUUUUGUAUUCAUGUACCCCUUAGGACGAUAUCUCAUUUUUAUUUCCCCCCACUCAUUUGUACAUCUUUUAUCAACACCUCUUUUUUUUUCAUAGUGAAUUUUCACUUAUUCAAAAUAGUGUGUAAAUUCAAUAUCACUUACAUCUUUUCGCUUAGUUUUUCCCCCCUUCCAAUUGAUAGCAUACAUAUGACUGUGUAAACUCAAAAAUAAAAAUUUUAUUUUACUUUGUGACAAUGCUUGAUGAUCAGUAAUAGUAUCCAUA